UCUCCAUCUCAUUCUCCUCUCCCCCUAAUCCUCGUCUUCCCUCCAGCUUUGCCUCCCCCCCUUUUUUUUCUGCUAUUCCCCUUAUAAAUGCCCACAUCCUGUCACAACGAGGUAAUUCCUUCACCACCGCGCAGGCACCCUAAGUCCCCCUCUUUUAUAAGCCUCUGACUCACCAUGGGUGGUGCAGUUGCGCCUACCACCUCGACAAGCGAGCCUAUCUUCCAGCGUAAGAACCUGCGGCCAGCAUUCUUGUGCUCCAUCGCGGUGCUCGGCGCUGUACUCUACGGCUACGAUGGAACCUACUUUACCGGGAUCCUGGGCCAGUCUGGUUUCAACCGUGACUUUGCACAAGAUGGUAAAACGGAGCUGUCCCCGAGCAUGACCUCGCUGCUCACCUCACUGGUACAAGCAGGUGAGGUGGUCGGGUGCAUUCUUGCUGCCUUUAUCGGCGACUGGGCCGGACGAAAAGGUGUCUUCUUCGCCGCCGCGACAGGUGUCGGUAUCGGUGCCAUCUUUCAAAUCGCCACCACGUCCUCCAUCGGCGUUUUCGCGACUGGUCGAGCCAUCUUGGGUGUCGGCAUUGGACUCGUCGCGAACGGCACGCCGCUCUAUUUGAGCGAAAUCGCCCCCACUAGCAUCCGUUCUAUCGCAGUCUCAUGCUGGCAGCUGCUGCUCGCCAUAGGGCAGGUCAUCGGCGCGGCGGUUAACCAGGGUACUAAGGACAUCGACUCCACAGCCGCAUACCGCAUCCCGAUCGGCUUGAACCUUCUCAUCGUCCUGCUCAUCUUCCUUGGCCUGCUGGUCCUGCCCGAGUCCCCACGCUGGCUCAUUUACAAGGGCCGAGAGGAUGCAGCGCUGAAGAGCUUGCGGCGGAUCAAUAAGGGUGCACCUGAUGUCGCGGAGAUUGUUCAGCGCGAGUUUGCGCUCUUCAAGCAGGCCAAAGAGGACGAGGAGGCGCUCAACAGUGAUGGCGAAAACGGAUGGAAGACCAUGUUCAAGGGCGUAGAGCUGCGCAAGUUCCUCUGCACCUUUGGUAUACUUGUGUGCCAGCAGAUUGGAGGGGUUCAAUUUAUCUUCUCGUACACGACGACGUUCCUGCAGGCAAUUAACAUUGAGGAUCCUUUUCUCAUCACAAUCAUCGUCGAUAUCAUCGAGGUGGUUGGUGUGAUCUGCUCGUUCUUUAUCGUCAAUCGUCUCGGCCGCCGCACGCUGCUGCUGUGGACCUCAGUGCCGAUGUUCAUCAGCCUCUUUGUCUGCGGUGGCAUCGGGACGAUUACGAGCGGCGAGCGCACCGUCAACGAGUCGAGAACGAUUGCCGCGAUGAUCUGCGUCUAUGUCUUCUUCUUCAACGUCGCCUGGGGGCCCCUCGCGUGGGUCGUCGCGUCCGAGCUCAGCACGGGCAAGAACAAGAGCAAGCACCUCGGUGUCGGCACCGCUGGCUUCUUCGUUAUCGCAUGGGCGGUGACGUUCACGCUGCCCUACCUCUUCUACAGCGCUGGGCUCAACGCACAGAUCGGCUGGAUCUAUGGUGUCGGCACGCUAUUUGCGAUGGCGUUCGUCUACUUUUGCAUUCCUGAGACAAGGGGCAGGUCCCUGGAAGAGAUUUCGGAGAUGAUGGACGCACGUGUGCCGACCCGCCAGUGGGCCAGCUAUAUCGCAUCGCAUUCCGUCAGCAAUAGCGUGGUGCAGCACAGCAGUCGGGACAGCAGCAGUGGCGGCAGCGAGGAUGAGGAGUCAGCGCCAGAGAAAAAGGGCGCAAAGAGGGACAUAGAGCCGCUUUCUGCGGGCAGCAAUGCGGCCCACGACGGGACGGACGGCACACGCACAGAGCUACGAGAUGCUUGAGGAUCC